AUGGGCUACCAAACCAUCGCCAUCGCGGUCGUCGCGGCCGUGUACUUCGUCAUCAAGUACCUCAACAAGACCGAUGUGCCCAAGAUCAAGAACCUGCCGGAGAUCCCCGGCAUCCCCAUGUUUGGCAACCUGGUGCAGCUGGGUGAUAACCACGCCAAACGCGCCCAGGAGUGGGUGCAGAAGUACGGCGCCGUCUUCCAGGUGCGCCUCGGGAACCGGCGCAUCAUCUUCGCCAACACCUUCGACUCCGUCAAGCACUUCUGGAUCACGCACCAGUCCUCGCUCAUCUCGCGGCCGACGCUGCACACCUUCCACACCGUCGUGUCCAGCUCGCAGGGCUUCACCAUCGGCACGUCACCGUGGGACGAGUCGUGCAAGCGCCGCCGCAAGGCCGCCGCCACCGCGCUCAACCGCCCCGCCGUGCAGUCGUACAUGCCCAUCAUCGACCUCGAGUCCACCGUCAGCAUCAAGGAGCUGCUGAGCGACAGCCGCGGCGGCACCGUCGACAUCGACCCCAACCCGUACUUCCAGCGGUUCGCCCUGAACACCAGCCUGACGCUGAACUACGGGAUCCGCAUCGACGGGAGCAUCGAGGACAAGCUGCUCAAGGAGAUCUGCCAUGUCGAGCGCGUCGUGAGCAAUUUCCGCAGCACGAGCAAUAACUGGCAGGACUACAUCCCGCUGCUGCGGCUGUGGCCCAGCCGGAAUAACGAGGCCAAGGAGUUCCGCGAGCGCCGCGAUCGGUACCUGUCGCUGCUGCUGGACAUGCUGCGGGACCGCAUCGCCAAGGGCACCGACAAGCCGUGCAUCACGGGCAACAUCCUGAAGGACCCCGAGGCCAAGCUCAACGAGGCCGAGAUCAAAUCGAUCUGCCUGACGAUGGUGUCGGCGGGGCUGGACACGGUGCCGGGCAACCUGAUCAUGGGCAUCGCGUACCUGGCGUCGGCGCACGGGCAGGAGAUCCAGGAGCGGGCGUACGACGAGAUCGGGCGCGUGUACCCGCACGGCGACGCGUGGGAGCGCUGCCUCGUCGAGGAGAAGGUGCCGUACAUCACCGCCUUCGUCAAGGAGGUGCUGCGCUUCUGGACCGUCAUCCCCAUCUGCCUGCCGCGCGUCAGCAUCAAGGACAUCGACUGGAAGGGCGCCACCAUCCCCGCCGGCACGACCUUCUUCAUGAACGCCUACGCCGCCGACUACGACGCCACACACUUCGACGACCCAUACUCCUUCCGCCCCGAGCGCUACCUCCACGGGACCACCGACGGCGCGGGCACGCCGCACUACGCGUACGGCGCCGGCAGCCGCAUGUGCGCGGGCUCGCACCUGGGCAACCGCGAGCUGUACACGGCCUUCAUCCGGCUGGUGUCGGCGUUCCGCAUCGUGCCGGCGCAGAACCGCGCCGACGACCCGGUCAUGGACUGCCUCGAGGCCGGCGUCAACAAGUGCGCGCUCACGCUGGACCCGCGCCAGUUCAAGGUCGGCUUCCGCGUGCGCGACCAGCAGCGUCUGGAUGCGUGGAUCCGCGCGAGUGAGGAGCGGACGAGGGAUUUAUAG